AUAAAUUUACCUGUCAUAAAUAAAUCGUACCUGAAUUUGUGUACCCUCCCUGUAUCUCCCCAAUGCGCAUGCGCAGCGCUCCAAAAAUACAAAAUCAAUACAAACAUCACUCAAAUGUCAACAAUUCAAACCCCAAAACCUCAAUUUCCAGCAACAAAAUGAAACUAACAACAAAACGCUACGGCGUUAUGCUUUCCUUCCAAUCGACUCUACUCUCGGUGGACUUUUUAAUCAACAUCUGCUCAGUGUUAGUCCACCACAAUAACGGACUCUCGCUUAUCCUCUUCAUCAUUCAAACGGCUUGUUUGGUAAUAUCUCUUGGAACUUUAUUCAUGACAUUUUUUUCGACGUACGCCUUCCAGGCAGGCCUCAUUGGCUUACUCUACGAAAAAUUCCACUUAAGCCUGAUCGUGUUUUUGUUGUACUUUGUGGCUACAGUCCUCGUACAAAUCUGGUCUUUGAUUGUACAGUGGGACAACAGUGACCCGGUUUGGUCAAGCGGCCCCCUCUACGCACUCUUCGUUGUACAAAGAAGCCUCACCCCCAUCUUCUACUACUUCUACAAGCGGACUAGUUUACGCAUCAGCGACCCCCGACUGUACGAAGACGUCUGGAACGACCGUCGCCCCGAAAAUAAAUAAACUCUCUUACAAACAUCA